AUGAUGAAAAAUAGCAUGGUAACGCUAGUUUCGAAACUAUCUUCAAAAAAUCCUGGUGAGCAUUCGCAGCGAAAGACCAACUUGUACUCUUAUACUAGCGACACAAAAGAUAUCAAAGAAGAGCAGUUAGCAGUGGAUGAUGUCGGAUCAAAAAUAAAGCUAAGCAGUUUUGGACAGAAAAGGCUUUUCUCAUCGAUCAAUAUAUCAGCAGAUAAAUGGCUUCUCACACUAGAUGAGCAUUCAAUGGCUAAGUUAGAGAAUCCUCCAUCUUUGUGUGAUGGAUUAGAUCGAAAAACUGAAUUGGAUUUGCGUUAUCUCGGUUGCGAAAUAAUUCAGUCAGGGGCAAUACUGCUUCGUAUACCUCAGGUUGCAGCAGCGACAGCACAAAUUCUUUACCAACGAUUUUAUUACCAGAGGUCGUUUGUUCGACAUCAUUUCGAAUAUACGGUAAUGGCAUGCCUUUUAUUAGCGAGCAAGAUUGAGGAGGCGCCACGUCGACCCCGUGAUGUCAUAAAUGUGUUCCAUCGAUUGGAGCAUUUACAUGGCAAACGAAAUGAAUCUAAGAAGUGA